GAUAAGAGGCCAUGUGCAAUCAUGGAUUUGGAUAUGAUUGUCAUUCUCUUUUGUACAUUUGUUUCGAUUAAUAAUUAUGUUGCUGGCGUGUUGCUCUGCAACGGUAGUACACCAUGUCCUGCCCACAAGCCAUACUGUACAAACGCAGGAUGUGUUUUCCAAUGUCCGCUCGACUCUUAUGUAAAUGGUGACCACUGCGUCCGAGACUGCGGUACAAUGUUUGUAGACCAGAAUAAAAGGUGCACUGACCAAUGUGAAACCAAUUUUUUUAGAGAGUCAGUGAGAGGGGCAGGGGAGGACUUUAUAAUAGACAAGAAAUGUGUAACACAAUGUGUAUCACAGGAGUAUGUUUUGAGAAACGAAUGUGUAACGGUAUGUCCCAUAGGGCAGCGCUAUGUAGACACUGACGAAGACCAUUUUUUUUACUUCAUACUGUCAACUGUCGAAAUGGUUGGCUCUUGCUAUUAUCCAAUUCAAAUAAACGUUGAAGGUGUCGAGUGUGUGGACAAAUGUGAUGAAGACAAUUUUGAAUUUAAUGGCACAUGCGUUUCUUCGUGUCCUUUUCAGUUUAGGUUCGUUACGAACGGUAUCUGUCAUUCAGAGAAAUGCAAUUCGCUAUCAUACGUUUUUGACCAGUAUGUUUUAUGUACUGAAAAGUGCAAUAUAAAUGAUUUCUACUUAAACAGCACGUGUGUUUACACAUGUCCUCCUGAUUACGUUGUUGAAAAUGUUUCGUGUAUAGAAACAUGUUCAUUUGAUCGCGUUUUAGUUAAUGUAUCUAUGACGGUAAACGGAUGCAGUUCAUCGUGCUCCGUUAAUGUUUACAGACAGUACUUUCGGUGUCAAGAAAAAUGCCCAUCUGGGCUGUUUCUCAUGAAUAGAACGUGUGUUUUCGCUUGCCCAUCGAAUUCCUUGGCACUUAAAGGAGAGUGCGUUGAAUCUUGUCCGAUUACAAGUCCCUAUAAACAAUCGUUUUUGUCGGAAAUAGAAAGAUGGCAGCGUUCAAAAGCUGCCCACUUUACAUCAUACAAUACAAUUAUGACCUCAAUCCAAUGCGUUACCAACUGCAGUGAGCCCUACGCGUAUGAUAAGAUCACGCAAAUGUGUGUGUCGACAUGUCCGCUACAGAGACCAUAUCUCUCAAGACUUCAAAACAUCCAAGGAAUGAGAACAUGUGUCCCGAAUUGUAUCGAAAAAUACCUUUACCGCGGUAUUUACUGUGUGGAUGUUUGCCCCAAAGUGCGUCCUAUACACAUAAUGGAACAUGUGUGAUAUCGUGCCCAUCAUUUGCUAUUGCUGAAACUUGUGUAGAUAAAUGCCCCAAAAGGGCACCAUUCUUGCUCAAUAAAUUUUGCGUCGAUCAGUGCCCAUCUGGA